AUGAGCGCUGGUGACUCGGUGGGGAAGGGGAUUAAGAUUGAGAUGGAAGACAUAGAAGAUGAAAUUCAUUUUUGGAAUUCAGCAAUGGUAAGCUAUGUGUUAGGGGCUAAUCCUCCUCUUGGAGUUUUUGAGGGAUAUGUUAAAAGAAUAUGGAGAGAUCAAGUAGAUAAGGUGGGUCUGCUUGCACAUGGCAUCUUCAUUGUUCGAUUUCAGGAUGUGGCUAUAAGGGAUCAGGUUAUAUCAGGGGGUUUCAUGUUCUUCGAUAAGAAACCUAUUAUCAUGAAACCUUGGGAUGCAUCUGUUGAUUUCAAAAAAGAAAAUGUGGAGAUUACUCCUAUUUGGGUGCAGAUCAAGGGACUUUAUCUAAAAUACUGGGGGGGAGGGGGAGAGAAGGCUUUAUUUAAGAUUCUCAGCCAAAUAGGGACUCCAGUGAUGGUGGAUCAGAUUACUAAGAGGAAAGAGAGGCUCAACUAUCCAAGAGUAAUGAUGGAGGUCCAAUUAAAACAGGAAUCUCCUAAGCUUUUAUCAUUUAUAAAUGAAAGGGAUGAGGAAGUUUCAGUUUAUGUUGAGUAUGAGUGGAAACCUACCUUAUGUGGACAUUGUAAAGGAUUGGGGCAUGGCACGGUGGCAUGUAGAAAGAAGCCAGUACAGCAGAAAACAUGGGUGGUGAAGCAGACUUUAGCGAAGGACACAAAAAUGGCAUCAUCUUGUGCACAUGAUGAGGAAGGAUUUCAACAAGUGUAG